AGCCAAAGAAAUUCCAUUAACACCCAUCCAUCAUCCUCUCUUCUCCCUUAGCUUGCAACUGUCAUCCACUAGCUUCUUCUCUUUUUGGAUGCUGUUGUUUGCUUCAGUGGAAAGAAUAUGGUUGCGGUGAGCAAGAGCCGAGAGUUUUCUUCUUCCAUUUUAAAAGCAGAUCAUCGGAAGGAGGCCGCCCCAGUAAUGGAGAAACAAGGGAUAGUAACUAUCCUUUGUUCAGAUUGUGAAAAAAGCAAAGCUUCGUCUUUAAGAAGAACACUAUCUGCUGAUAUGUCUUCUAAGAAAUGGCUUGCACAAAAUGGGUUUUUCUCCCCAUUCAAAGAGAUUUCGUCACCCUCUGAUCAGGAGCUUGUUAAUCAAUCAUCUAAUGAUUCUUCAUCAGACGGUGAAGAAGAAUGCAGGAAAGAGAAGGAUGAUCGUGGUGUUGGAAAAUCCUCGGCAUUCGAUGUUUGGGGUUCAAUUUUACAGAAAAAGAGUGAAGAUUCCGCCAAGAUUUCAGCACCUUAUAUUCACCCUCUUGCGAGGAGAUCAGCCAGUUCUUUGAGUGAGAAGAGUUUAGAGAUUUGCACUGAAAGUCUUGGAUCAGAAACUGGUUCUGAUUGUUUUUCUUCAUACCCGGCUUCAGAACUCAGUGAUGCAGAUGAACAUAAAGAUCAUGAACAUGAACAAGAACAAAUAUUCCAGCAACAAGUGAAGGAAUCGAACUCGUUUGAAGAUUUUCAUGUUGUCAAGUACAAGAAUUCGCCACCUCGGCCUUUGCCGCCACCAAUUCCUUCAAUUGCUGAUGGAACUUCCAUCCGAUUACAAUCUCACCGCAGAAAUGGUAGGCUUGUUCUUGAAGCUGUUUCUGUCCCACCAAGAAAUAAUUUCUCUGUUCAACGCUUUGACGGCCGCCUAGUCUUAACUUUGAUCAAUAGUCCUAUUUCACAAGAGUCACGCAGUGAAACGGUAAGGGAAAAUAAGGUUCAAGAAUUCAAUAAAGUUUCCGAUGAUAUGGAAGAGAUUGAUCAACAUGUUGAUGAGAAAAUAAACGACGGUGGUUAUGAGGAGGAGGAGGCGGCGGUGAAGGAGAGAGUUAAGCAAAAUAAUGUAGCCAAGGGGGUGGAAUUUGUUAUGGAUCAUAACUCAAGACCAUUGCCAAUAGGUGGGACGAUGAAGAAACUUAUGAGGCUAGGCAACAAGAACCCAAAAUGGUCUAACAAAAUCGUCAACAUGAAGGAGAUUGAGGACCUUCCAAUUCCACACUCACUCCCACCACGACCUGGCCGGGUGCCUCGUCCGAUUCCAUCUCCACCACCGCCAGCCACCACUGCCGCCACCUCCCUCAACUCUUACCAGUACUUCUGGCGGAGCAAAACCUCACCGCUCAAGAACAAUGCAUGCCUAGCCAAUGGUGCAAAGACAUAUGAUCAGCAAAAUAUGGUGCUCAUCAAAGGUAACGUGAAUGACGAAUAUCUUAUGCCAUUAUCAAGGGGAUGCAAGAAGCCAAGGAGGUCCACGUUGAUUUGGGAGCCUUACUGCGUUGCCACCUCCUGAUGAUCAUGAUUAAUCAAGAUUUCUCCUUAAUCCAAAUUUCCAUUGACUAUCCAUUUUUAGUUCCUAUAAUUAUGAUCAGCCCAACUCUAUCUCAAUCUCCCUAUGUUGAUUAUCUAAAUUAAGCACUACUUCAGAAGAGACUUGUGCAGCAAAUAAGCAUGAACGAGGAGGAGGAGGAGGAGGAGAAAGAAUGAAUACUUUGAUCAUAUUAGCAUAACAAACAAACAAAUCCUUAGCAAUUUCAUCACGGGUAGGCAUUUUUAGUUACUAUUUCCGAUUCAUGUAAUAAAAUUUAAUUGAAUUUUACAUUCAAUGUUGAUCUAC